AUGCUUCGUUUCUUGGCGCUCGGAGCGGUGCUGUGCGUUUGCUGGGCCCGCGAGGAUUCGGUGGCCGUUGAGGGAGUUCUGAAGUGUGAUGGGCAGCCGGCUUCUGGGGUGCUGGUAAAGCUGUACGAGAGGGAUUCUCUCUUCGACGACAAGCUCGCCUCCGUCAAGACCGACUCCCGAGGCCACUUCCGUCUCCAGGGCAGACAGGCCGAAUGGGGAGGCAUCAAGACCAAGUUCAACUUCUACCACAAGUGCGGAACCCUCCCGCUGCUCAAGCGCUUCGUCCCCACCUGCACCUUCAAGGGAUCGUUCAACAUCCCCGACCGUUAUGUCAGCCACGGCGGCUCUCCUUCUCAGGUCUAUGAUGCUCAAACUAUCGAACUCUCUCUGUACACCAAGGACACCGACUGCCUCCACCGC